UUUUUUUUUUUCUCUAUUUAAAAAGAAACUCAAUAUGAAAAACUGUCAUUUCUUUCUUCUUUGUAUUUUUAUUUUAUUUUAAUAAUGGCUGUUCUAUCAGAAGGAGCAGGUUAUGCUGUUGUCCUGGGUUUUGGAGCUCUAUUUGCUGUUUGUAUGACUUUGGUGACGAUGGGGUUGAAAAGAUAUUUACAUGAAGUACAAACAUCUGAAAUGUACAUGACUGCACAAAGAAGUAUCAAGACUGGUCUUGUUGCUAGUGCUGUUGUAUCUAGUUGGACUUGGGCUGCUACUUUAUUGACAAGUACCGAAGUUGCAUAUAAAUAUGGUGUUGCUGGACCAAUCUGGUAUGCAAGUGGUGCUGUAGUGCAAGUUUUAUUAUUCUCGGUGCUGGCCAUUGAACUUAAACGAAAAGCUCCAAAUGCACAUACUUUUUUAGAAGUUGUAAAUGCUCGUUAUGGGAAAACUGCUCAUAUUGUAUAUCUUGUGUUUUCAUUAUUCACCAAUAUUAUUGUUACUGCCAUGUUACUAUUAGGUGGUUCAGCUGUAAUAACCUAUCUUACUGGAAUGAACGUCAUUGCCGCAUGUUUUUUACUUCCUCUUGGUGUAAUUGUCUAUACUCUAUUUGGUGGGAUUAAAGCAACUUUUUUGACCGAUUAUGCACAUACUGCCAUUCUUUUUAUCAUCAUCAUAUCAUUUUAUUUUACUGUUUACUCAACAUCACCUUUGAUUGGAUCUCCUGGCAAAAUGUAUGAUUUACUUGUUGCAUCCUCUAUCAAAACACCUAUUGUGGAUAAUGAACAAGGAUCUUUGGUGACUUUUUCCUCUUUACAAGCAUUAAUCUUUGGAAUCAUCAAUAUAGUGGGUAACUUUGGAACAGUCUUCUUGGAUAACUGUUAUUAUCAACGUGCUAUUAGUUCAAAACCUGAACAUGCGGUCAAGGCAUAUUUGAUGGGAGGUCUUUCCUGGUUCGCUAUUCCAUUUACUUUGGCUACAACAAUGGGAUUGGCUGCUCGAGCUCUGGAGAUUGAACUAACACCACAAGCAGUGAGUCAAGGAUUGGUUUUGGUGGAAUCUGCUAUUGCUUUAUCUGGUACUCUUGGCGCUUUUGGUGCUCUUGUUUUAGUAUUCAUGGCUGUCACAAGUGCAUCUUCUGCAGAACUCAUUUCGGUUUCUUCCAUUUUUACUUAUGAUGUUUAUCGUACCUAUAUUCGACCUGGUGCUUCUGGCAAGGCUGUCAUUCAUUUUUCUCAUGCUGCUGUUCUAACGUUUGGUAUAUUGAUGGGUGUUUUGGCUGUAUUGUUGAACCUUACAGGCAUUGCUCUUGGAUAUUUAUAUACUUUGAUGGGUGUCUUGAUAUCUAGUGCUGUUGUUCCAUUAACACUGACCUUACUAUGGAGCAAGCAAAACAAACUAGCAGCGAUUGUUUCCCCUAUCUUCGGUUUCGUGGCAGCUGUGAUCACUUGGCUUACAACCACUUAUGGAUUAUACGGUACUAUCACAGUGGAUACUACAUCUCAAAAUAUGCCAAUGAUGGCAGGAAAUUUAGUGGCACUUUUAUCUCCAAUUCCUUGUACUUUGAUUUUGACCUUUUUGAACCCGGACAACUAUGAUUUUGAAUCCACUCGAAAUAUCCAACUUGUUACUGAUGAUGAAAAUGUACCAGAAGAAAAAGCAAAACAAGCAAGUGAAAGCGGUGAUCAUAUCCCAACAGUUGAAGAAAUGGAAUUCCUCAACAAAUCAGCAAGAUUUGCCAAAAUGUCUAGUGUGAUUCUUGCCGUCUGUCUCUUUUUGGUGUGGCCUCUUCCCAUGUUCUUUUCUCGAUAUGUGUUUAGUAAGGAAUUCUUUACUGGAUGGGUGGUUGUGGGCAUCAUUUGGACUUUUUUUAGUACAGCUGCUGUUGUUAUUUAUCCUGUUUAUGAAUCUAUCGAUUCACUCAAAUUGAUUGGAAAGGCGAUCUGGGCUGAUUUGAGGGGCAAACGAAAAGAAAUGGUAAUCGAGUCUUCCAACAGGUUGGAUCAACAAGUAGAAGAGAAUACCAAUGCAUAUAUAGUAACGGAUAAGUCAAAAGAAAUUCAGUAGUUUGGUGUAUUAUUAUUAUUAUUGUUUUUAUAGUCUAUUGUUGUUGUUUUUUUUUUUUUAUUUGUUUAUAUAUAAUAAAUUACUCUAUUCCAUCUUGAAAGUUGUCCUUUUUGUUCUUUUGUCACACAGUGUAUA